AAAUGUUCUAUCUUCUGUCCCGGUGUGUGUGUGCAGGUACCCUAUCUUCGAGACCCCGUACCCCCUCACGCUGCACGAGUCCCCGGUCACCUGCUGUGAAUACUUCGUGGACUGUCCGUCUGAACUGAUCCCGCUGUACUCUGUGGGCAGCCGGCAGAGAAGGCAGUGCUUCAGCAAGAAGGAAUGGCCCAUCAGUGGAGGGAACUGGGGGCAAGGCACUCAGAGUUACCCAGAGAUCAUCAUCACUGGACAUGCUGACGGGUCGAUCAAAUUUUGGGAUGCUUCUGCACUGAUGCUGCAGGUAUGGUAUAAGUUGAAGACGGCGAAGGUGUUUGAGCGCUCUCGGCGAUCGGAGGAGAAAGGAGGGUCAGAGAUGGUGGACGAGGAUCCGUUUGCCAUCCAGACGCUGAGCUGGUGUCCUGAGAGCAGAAUGCUGUGUGGCGGAGUCUCUGCUCACAUCAUCAUCUACAGGUUCAGCAAACAGGAAGUCACCACCGACACCCUGCAGCUGCUGGAGGUGCGUAUGCAGAGUGAGUUCAGUGAGGGAGACUCACCUGAGUCACCUGAGCAGAGCCUGCCCCCCCCCUCCAGCCCUCAGGAGGCCGACGCCCCCCCUCAGACCCCCAACUGUGACGGGCCCAGAGACAACAAACCCUGCCUUCAAGUGCGCUCCUCUCCUCUCAAACAGUCUCCAGGUUUCCAGGUGGAGUUGGUGGUUCAGCUGCUGUGGGUCAGCGGGGAGCCUCCUCAACCAAUUACAAGCCUCGCUGUCAACUCAUCGUACGGCCUCUGUGAGUUUUGGAACAGCAGCGGCCUCGCUGUGGUGGACUUCCUCCAGAAGACUCUGCUCCUCAACAUGGGAAUAUCAGAGCUCUGCAGCCCAGCAGACCCUCACCUGAGGCAGCCCAGAUCCCCCGCAAGACCAGGCACACCUCCACAGUGAACUAAACAACCGGACUCUGCAGCCGGAGACUCGGUGGAUGGCUCCAACACCUCGGAGGAUCGAUGCAAAUCCCCCCACCAAGGAUCUGCGUCGCCGUGCAACUCCGAUGACGAGCGGAAACACAGGUUCAUAGAGAAGGUGAAGUCUAAGAGCAGACGCUUUUCCAAGACGGUUGCCAAUGACUUUGCCAGGAUCUCUCGGAAAAUUAGCUACUCUGGUGAAAAGUCAGAUCCGGAAGUGAACGCCUCGUUCUCUCGCUCCCGCAGCUCGAGCGUCAGCAGCCUCGACAGAGAGUCCCGAGAGGUCAUCUCCUCCCUGUGUUUCUGUGAGAGUUUCCCCAGGAAAGGUGAUGCGUCUCUGGGUCCUUCUCUGCUGCUGGGCACCUCCAUGGGCUCCGUCAUCAUGGUGGCCCUCAGCCUGCCCCCCCCCGGGGAGACGAGGCUGCAGCAGCCUGUGGGGGUCGCCCCCUGUGGCUCUCUGGAGACCCUGAAGGCGGGGAUCCUCACGAUGGCUCUUCUGGACUCCAGUGGCUCCCUCCUCCCCCCCCCCCUCGAACAAUGGUACGACCCGAACGGCUCUGAGGAGGACCAGCGGGAGAAGAGGCGGCGCCGCCCCCCCUCGCCCCCCCCCUCAGUGGAGGGUCAGGACUCUCAGUUCCUGGUCCUGGUGUCAGAGAAACAGGCCAAGGUGCUGGCUCUGCCCUCUCAGAGCCGCCUCCACAAACACAGCAUCAGCGAGAGCUCCUUCGUGCUGAGGGCCGACGUGGUGACGCUGGGGGGGGGCAACUGCAUCGCAUGCUUCUGUGCCAACGGACACAUCAUGACCCUCAGUUUGCCCAGCUUGCGCCCCCUGCUGGACGUGAACUACCUCCCUCUGACGGACAUGAGGAUCGCCAGAACCUUCUGCUUCUCUCACCUGGGCCAGGCUCUCUACCUGACCUCCCCCACGGAGAUCCAGAGGCUCACCUACAGCCAGGACACCUGUGAGCACAGACAGGAGAUGCUGAGUGAGCUGUUCAGCCCGGUUGAAACCCCCGAGGCUCCGAACAGAGGAUUCUUUAAAGGUCUGUUCGGAGGAGGAGCUCAGUCUCUGGACCGGGAGGACCUCUUUGGAGAGUUGGGGUCUGGGAAGGCGUCUCGCAGCCUGGCCCAGCUGAUCCCCGGCUCGGGGGGGAUGGAGGGGAUGAAGGGAGCGGCUUCAGGAGUCGUGGGAGAUCUCGCUCGUGCUCGCAUCGCUCUGGACGAACGAGGACAGAAACUCGGGGAACUGGAGGACCGCACGGCCGCCAUGAUGAACAGCGCCGACUCCUUCUCCAAACACGCCCACGAUAUGAUGCUGAAGUACAAAGAUAAGAAGUGGUAUCAGCUCUGAUGCAGCGUCGAGCCGAACUCUGAUCACAUCUUCCUCCUCCUCUUCAUCACCUCAGAGAGAAGAGGAGGAGGAGCUUUAACCCCUCGUAUAUAUCUCAUAAAUAUAUAUAUCUCUACACCCGCUGAGAGGAAGGACUUUAUUCCUCUCUGCGGACUCAAAGGAGGAGAAAAGUCUGACGUCCUUUGAACCAAUCAGGACGUUUGUGAAGGACGACCAAUCAGUGAAGUCUGUUCCUGCUUUAAAUGAUUCUUCUGUCUUUAAUUCGUCAUGUGUGUGUGUCCAGACGGAGCCUCGUAGAGCACUUGAGUCUCAGAAUAAGGGCUGGUAUCAUCUCACACCGUUUUAUUGUUUCAGGAGAAGAACAUACGGAGUCACUUUGCUUUCAUUUUAAAAUCAAGUUUAUUUAUUACGAGGAAGGUAAAAUAGAUACGAAGUUUGUGUGCCGGGCAUCGUUUUUGUUUGUUUGUUUUUUGCCAAUGAAAUGCACAAAACAGUGCUGAAAUGUUUACCCCCGAAGAGUUUACAUUAAUAUAUUAGGAGAGUUCUUACACUGGAGAGACAUCUGUAUGAAGAGGGAGACACUGCAGGUGAACGGGGUCAAAUGUUAAAUAUCACCACUUCAUGUUUAACUAUGCAAAUGAGGCGUCACGUGGCGUCACGUGGCGUCACGUGGCUUCAUGUGUGGUCAUGUGAUGUGUGUGAGUUUAGGAGAAAUCUGCAGACUCAACCAGACACAGUUGGUGAAAGAAACUCCUAAAUGUGGAUUUGAGUCUGAAAGAAGACGUGUAGUGGAAGAUAAAUAGCCCAAAAUAUCACAAUUACAACCCUAUCUUUACCUGCGGUGUCUCUCCUUAUCAUGAUUAGCGUAAAUGUAUAUUUUGGUUACAGUUUUAUUGUGAUGAAGAAUCUAUAAACAUGAUUAUUCCGAUUUA